AUGGCGGCGGUAAGACAACGUUUUUGGCCGGUAUCUUUACGCUCAGCGGCACGAAAAAUAAUAAAUGGGUGCAUACCGUGCUUCAAAGCCAAACCUACUCAUUCCGAGGCGAUCAUGGGGUCCUUGCCUGCAGGACGCGUAACCGCUUCCAAACCCUUCGACCAUUGCGGUGUUGCUUACGCCGGUCCGUUCACAAUGCGCGAAUCCAAACGGCGCAACGCCCGCGCGCACAAAGCAUACCUGUCGCUUUUCGUGUGCUUCGCCACUAAAAGCGUACACCUCGAGCUCGUCAGCAACCUCACAUCGGAAUCUUUCAUAGCCGCGUUUAAGCGAUUCAUAUGGCGUAGAGGAAAACCUGUUUGUAUGUAUUCGGACAACGGAACCACGUUCAUCGGGGCUCAAGCACAGCUCAAGGAGUUUGUCAAUUUCCUACGCGACGAUCAAACUCAAUCAGACAUAGUUCAGUUUUUACGCGAACAAGAGACCACGUGGAAAUUCAUCCCACCUAAUGCACCUCAUUUCGGCGGCCUCGAAGAUCCCAACGAUCUGAUUUGCUUGACCCCGGGUCAUUUCUUAAUUGGCACCCCUCUCAAUAGUUUCCCUUGCCACGAUCUAACCAAUGAGCGAUUCAAGUGGAAGACCAAUAAGGGGAACCAGUUAAAACCCAAUCAGAUGGUGCUACUAAAGCAGCAGGGCCUGGCGCCUCUCCAAUGGUUACUCGGCCGAGUCGCGGAAGUCCAUCCAGGAUCCGACGGUGUGGUGCGAGCCGCCACAAUUCGUACGGCGAAGGGUUUGCUUACCAGGCCAUUGUCGAAAAUCGCCGUUUUACCAGUUGAUACGUAA